AUCAGUCGCUCUGCACCCGCCGUCCAGAACUCACGCUCCAUACAGCCAAGCGCGCACCACACAUCGAACGCGUUCGAUACCCCAAACAAAACAAACUUUAUCAACCGGUGAUACAAACAAAUAUGCCGGCCUGAAACAAGAUGUCGUUCUGCAGAAUCACAGGCCGCAGCAGGGGCUUACCCAAGCCCAACUACUUCCCGCUUCUCGCACCGAUCUCGCCUGCGGACGCCAAACGAUGCUGCAGGAUCACCGGCAAGUCCUACGGCCUGCCGUCUCAUCACUACAUUCCAGUACUACUCGCUGCCAGAUCGAGCAAAACUAAAUGCAAAAUCACCAACGUGUCAGGAGAACUAGGACCGCAUCAUUACACACCAGAAAUUAACUACGGAAAUCGAAAACAUGAAAUUCUACCGGACUACAGAUAUAUUUUCCCGGUGUUAGAUGGAUCGACGGAGGCUCAAAAAGCUUUAAUGGAAAUGUUAUUAACGAAACAAGUGUCUGACGAUAGGCGAUAUGUUUAUACGGUUCAAGAGAGAAGGUGCAGUUUAGUUUUUUCCGCUCGAAUGGAGGCGGCAGUGCGCGAUGGUGAUGUUCGUGACGUCAUGCUUGCGAAAGACUCUGAUACGGUGUUGAUUAAAACAAAACAGGGUCGCAGUGUCUCGAUGGAUUUUAAAGAUUUUACUGAAGAAGUGGAAAUUUAUGAAGGGGAAGGGCCUAAUGCGGAAGUGCUGAAACAGCGGGAAAUGGAAGAAUUAGAAGAGAAAAAGAAGAAAAGAAAACGUGCUGCUGGUUUGUCGUCGAUGAAAAAAAUAUUUGAGAAUAAAGAGAAAUUGGCGGAGGUCCAGGAAUUGCAAGAAGAAAAACAGCGCCAAAAACGUUUGUCAAAGAAAGCAAAAUUAGAAGAGUAUAGACAUGAAAAACACGAUAUGAAAACAUUUAGUUCUAACAAUUUUGAUGUUUCCCAUAUGCGUUCGAAGUCUAGUAUCAUCAUGAGCAAUGGUGACUGGAAGGAUCAAAUUCAUCCCCUUAUAGAAUCUUGGGACUGGGACGAUUUUGAGAAAGAAAAUUUUAUAAAUGAUAAACAUGUCCUCCCUAAAGCUUCCGUGUUACCGACGCCUCUUAAAAUAACUCCACACCAUUGCGAUGCAGAAAUCUAUGAAGUAAACGGCAACAUAAGUGAAAUAUCUGCAUCAUUAGAUAAUGUACCAUGUGUUAAUCCAUUAAAACCGAUAAAGGCGCGUCCGUUCGAGGAAGUUUUGAGUGCUGUCAAAGAUCUGUCAAAUGAACGCCUAGUUGAGACUUUAAAUGUGACUGAAAAGUUAAAUGAAGAAAAUAAAAUUGAUUUGUUACCAACUAUGGAAAAUUUGUGUGAUGUUGUUAAAAACAUUAAGAAAGGCAAAAGGGAAAAAAUUGCCAAAGUUCCUGGACUUACGUUGGAUAUCAAAAAGGCAAAGAAGUUUAUUCCAGGUCAACAUGUGAACACACCUCAGGGACCUGUUUUUGUACCUGGUCAAACAGUUGAGACUCCUAGUGGACCUGUUUUUGUGCCUGGAUUAAGCAUUAAUACACCAACAGGUCCAGCUCUUAUACCAGGACAUAUCGUAACAAACGAAUCCACGAAUGAACCAUUUUUCCUUGCUGGACAAGUUUUACAAACAACAAACGGAGAAGAAUUUGUAUGUGGACAGACAAUAAAAAGCAAAGAUAACUCCUAUCGUUUUACUGAAGGUCAAACGGUUAUUUCGGAGGAUGGUCUUAAAUUUGUGCCCGGGAAAAUAAUACAAAAUGGACCUGAAGAAGUUUUUGUUCCUGGCCAAGCAAUCAUGACACCUGACGGUGUCCAAUUUGUUCCAGGGCAAACAAUAACUGAACACAGUGGUACUAUUUUCACACCCGGACAAAAUGCCAAAAUAAAUAAUGAAUGGCAGUUCGUGCCAGGACAGGUGGUCCAUCAAGAUGAUGAGUUACAUUUUGUGCCUGGCGCUACAAUAGCGACACCAAAUGGCCUUAAAUUUGUUCCUGGCCAAACAGUUGCUACAAAUGGAGAAACUUGUUUUAUACCGGGUAUUACUAAGACAACUAGCAAUAAUAAACUGGAGUUUGUUCCUGGAACUACAGUCGAUACAGUUGAUGGCCCAAAAUUCAUUGAAGGACAAAUAGUACAUACCGAAUAUGGUGAAAAGUUUAUGCCCGGAAAGACUAUUGUGGAAGCAAAUGGCCAUGUAGAAUUUUCUGUGGCAAAAUCAGUAGACGAUAUAAUGUUUAGUGACAGUACGCCAGUGGGAUUACCAAUAGAUAUAAAGUCAUGCUCUGUAUCGGAAGAAUCCUUGUAUGUAUUUGGUCAUAUGGUGCAGACAGUGAAAGGCAUAGAAUUUUACCCAGGACCUAGGACACCUAAAGUAGAAGGAAAAGUUGUCCCUGGAAGACUUGUUAAAAAUGAAGCAAAUGAAUCACGUUUUGUACCCGGUAUGAUGGUAGAAGGUAUUUUUGUUCCUGGACAAAUCGUGUUUACUGAAAAUGGAGAACAAUUCGUCCCGGGUCAGGUUGUCGAUACAGCUGAAGGACCCAAGUUCGUUCCCGGACAAGUGGUAAAUACACGAAAUGGACCUAAAUUUGUUCCUGGUCAAACAAUACAUACAAUUGAUGGCCCUCGUUUUGUUCCUGGCCAAAUUAUAGAGACCAAAGCUGGACCUACAUUCAUACCUGGUCAGGUAAUAUCAACAGAAGAUGAAGGUUCUCGAUUUGUACCUGGUCAAGUCGUCGAUACAGAGGAAGGUCCAAGAUUUGUUCCUGGGCGUGUUAUAGAAACUGAUGAUAAUGGCGUUACAUUUGUUCCUGGACAGAUCGUACAAACACCUGAAGGAUUAAAGUUCGUCGCUCCUGAUCUUACGGAAGGUGAAGAAGGCCUUGAAUUUUCAGUACAAAGUUUUGUUGUGACACCAGAGGAACUAAAAUUGUUAAAAGUAAAAACAAAUCCUAAUGAUACUACUUCUACUAAAGGGGAAUUGACUAUUGACACUAAUAUGUUAAGACAACUUUCUGAAGCCGGAAUGUCUAUUGGCAGACAAGUUCCUGCUGAGCUCCCGGCCAUAAGUGUUGUUCUAAAUGAAACUAGAAAUAAGGAAGCCCUGAAAGCAUUCGUAACAGAUUUCGGGUUAAAAGAUGACGUUGCCAAUCAAUUAAUGGAUGUAAUUACAUCAAUAAUCGAAAUGAGUGCACAUUUGAAGUCAGCAAUACAUCAAAAACCAGAUGAAGCGUCAAAGGAAAAUAAGAAAGGAAGAUUAAGUAAAAAGAGACUAGAUAUGCAAGAACGUGAAUUUGCAGAAGAAAAUGGAGAAAGCGCACAUGAAUUACAUGUUAAAAAUUCUAUUGCCGCUGCAGUCUUAGCAGCUUUAGUGACAGCUGAACAAUUUGAAGAAAUAAAUAAUAAUAAUUGCAAAGAAAAAUACCAACUUAUUUUAAAAUCUAUCGAUACUAUUUUAGGAAAAACAAUUGAUACAGAUUUUGUAUCUGCCAUGUAUAGUAUUCUCCAAUCAGAAGAAGACAAAGAAAUGCUGUGUGAAGAAAUCUUAGAAAACACUUCUCAACCUAAAGUGGAGCUGAUCAAGAUUGCUGUGAACAGUACAUUUAAUAAACAUUCCUUGACGAAAGAAGCUAUUAUCGAAAAGUUCAGUGACUUUUUAACUAGUGAAAAUGAAGUACUAGGUCCUGCAUUCAAAAAUAUUGCCAAAAGUGACACAAACCUACUUCGUCACGUAUUAGAACACAUUUCAGAUUCAGUGUCAUUUAUCAAAACAGAUAAUGAGGCUACUGAAACUCUACAGAAAGCAAUUGUUACUGCUAUUCAAGAAUCCAGCACCAAGGAGGUAGAGGAAUUGCUUCAAGAUAAUAACAAAGAAAAUUUGAAGGAAUUGAUUAUACAGUCUGUCGGUCUAGCUAAAAUACUUGGUAUGCGCGACGUUGCUUCAAAAUUAUUGACCUUUAUGAAUGACGAACAAUGCAUGGAAAAAAUCGCAGCAGACGAUACUAGUCUUAGCAUAUUGAAGAGAUUAACUGUCAUGAGAAAACUUGCGGAUCAAACGCCCAGUUUACAUUCGGCUCUGCAAAAGUUAGAAAAGGAUCCCGAGUUGGCACGUACGGAUCCCAACCUUCGAGAUUUAGUUCGAGAAAGUGGGGCGCUCAUGAUUAUUCCCGAAGAAACUCCGUUAAUGACAUCCGCAGACGUCCCAUUGAGUUUACUGGACCCAGAAAAUAGUCUUGCGAUGGAAGAUUUCCUAUAUCAACGUAAAAAACAUCGUGGUGCAUUGCUAAUCAUGAAGAAAGGUUUGCAAGCGGUGGUGCCACGCGAAGCUAGUCGUGCAGUUUUAACUGGCCAAGUAGCUUACACAGUCCUUGAUGAAAGUGGCAUAAGACAUUUUGAACCUUUACAUGUAUUUUCAGCACUAAAUUUGAGUCAACCAACAGCUCAUCGUUUCUCUAUGUAUAGCUGCCCUGUCGUAGAUGAUAACGAUGAAGAUUUAGAGUCUUUCAACGGCUAUUGUAAUAUAAGUAACAGUCAAGUAAUCACAAAACUUGGUGGAUGGGGUAGAAGAUACAGUAAUGUUUUCUUGGACAGAGAAAACAAUAGAAGCAGAUUGAGUAGUUUGGAUACUACGCCAAGUUACAGACGAUAUUCAUCGCGAUCUUUAUCGAGAUCUCGUUCUAGUUGUAGCAGAAGUCCACCCAAGGUGGAAGAUGUGGUUGUGGCAACGACAGACUACACCGCCGCUGCGGAUGACGAAGUUUCCCUCAAGGCUGGAGAUAUUGUCGAGGUCCUCGACACAAAGGCAGCGUUGGGAUCUAAGAAGCCCCGGCUGGACCCGGACCUGGACGUGGAGGCGGAACUCCUGGACUCCUCCGCGGCAAAGCACAAACGAGCAGUGAGGCCGAAGAAGAACCACCCGCGAGGAAGGAGCGCAAAGCCAGAUGGAGAAAGAUGGCUGGUGCGAGUGGUGGAGGACGUGGACGGCGGGGAGAUCAGGACUCGACAGGGGUUCGUACCAGCUGGCGUGCUGCAUGAGAAGAAGACUGCUGAACAGGAUCAGACUGCUUUGGCUGCGAGGAGACAAGCCGUGGUCCGGGAGCUGAUAGAAACAGAGGAGGAGUUCGGGCGCGACAUGCACCAGGUGGUGAAGCGCUACAUGAAGCCCAUGGACAAGGCCACCACGCCCAAACCCGUGUUCGACAACCGAGAACUGCUAUUCUCCAACUUCAAGCAGAUUGCCGAGUUCCAUAAUACGGCACUGUUGGAGGGCAUCAAGUACUACGCGGGUGAGCCACGCAUGCUGGGCCGCGCACUGCUGCGUAUGGAGCGGGAGUUUGACAAGCACGUGGCCUACUGCCGCGACGAGCCGCUCGCGCAGCAUCUGCUGGCCACCGACCCUGUCGUCCAUGACUACUUCCAGGCGUUGGCUGACAAACUCGGAGACGAUAAGGGCAUCACCGAGCAUCUGAAGCUUCCUAUACAGAGGAUUAACGACUACCAGUUGCUUUUAAAGGAACUGGUGAAGUACUCCAAACGUCUCGGCGACGACAGCAGCGACCUCCAAAAGGCUCUUGAGCUCUUCCUAUCCGUCCCGAACCGCGCCACAGACAACAAAUUCCUUGCCAGCAUCGAAGGCUACCGCGGGAACAUCUACAAACUAGGGCGGCUGCUCACCCACGACUGGUUCACCGUCACUGACCAAGAGGGCAAGUCCAAGGAGAGGUACCUCUUCUUGUUCAAAGCCAGGAUCUUGAUCUGUAAAGUCAAGAGGGUAUCUGAAGACAGAUCUGUCUUCGUUCUCAAAGAUAUUAUCAAGCUCCCGGAAGCCGAGGUCAAGGACAACCCAGCUGAGAAGUUGAAGUUUGAGAUACAUCAGAAAAACCCGCCUUCAAUUGUGACCCUUGCGGCUCAUAAAGAACACGUGAAGAACGCUUGGCUAGUGGAGAUUGGACAACACCAGAGCGAUCUUGUCGCAUUAGCAGAGCACGCCGCUGACGACCUUCAAGUACUAUCACCACCUCAAGUAACAUCUCCAGAACCACCAGACGAGAACAAAAAGAAACGUGAACGACCAGACGACUUACAAGAAGCCAAGGAGAAACGUUCUCGAGUCGAAGAAGUCGAGGUAUCCCAGACAGGGCAGGCUGUCCAAAAAAAACGGACCCACGUUGAAGAAAUAGAAGUCACUCAGACAACUGCUGAAACUGGACAGAAAAUACAAGAGAAACGCGCUCGCGUUGAAGAAACUCAAGUUUCAGAGACAGAAAAACAACAAAGAGCUCAAGCAGGGAUAACUGUUCAGUCAGAAUCAAGUGAAGUGUUUCUUAAGACAAAAACCUGUGUCGAAGUCACUGAGUCUUCACAAGAAACACAACAAUUUGAGUCAAGUCAACAGACACAAAUUAAACAGAGUGUAGUUGGCGAAGUUCACGUUGCAGAAUCUAAUAAGAGUAAACUUCAAGCACAAACUACCGAAACUAACCAAAUUUCUGGACUUUCAUCAGCGUCUCUCAAAGCGGAAAACAAACAAUCUAAUGCUGAAAGUGUUGAAACUAAAACUCAACACGUAGAACAAAGACAGGAACAACAAUCUCGGACAGAAAUAGUUGAGGCCACAGCCGAAACUAAAAAAUUGAGCUCUAAAACUAUUGAAGAAAAGCAAUCGGCCGUAGCAGUAAAUAAAGAAUUUAAAGUUAAGGCUACAGCUGAAAAUAAAAAGUCAGACGCUGAAACUGUUGAAGAAAAGCAGUCUGCUGUUAGUAAAGAACCUAAAGUUGAAUCAAAAGAGUCUAUAGUUGAAGUUAGCAAAGUUCAGGCAAAAGUAGAAUCUUCGAGUGUAGAAAAUAAAGAGAAGAAAUCACAAGUCGGAAACGGGGAAAUCAACGUAACAACCAAAGGAGACUCGUUGGCACAAUUGAAAGCUUUACGAAAAGCGUCUUUAGACGCUAAAUCUAAAACUGAAAGUGUAACCGUCAGUGCAACUAGUGAAGUGACAGUUGCAGGGCACGGGGACUCGUUGCAACAAGUGAAAGAUUGGCUUGGACUAAGUGCUGAAGAACGUGUGAUCACAACUGAAAGUGAAGUGAAAGUUCAGGGAUCUAGCGCAUCUGGCGCAGUUUUAACACAAGAAGUAACUUCAAGCGGCCAAACUGUAGCGGAAGAAGCAACAGACGAACAGAUGUCGAGAUAUAGUCGCAGUUCUCGACUCUCUGGAGAAUACUCCAGUAGCGCCCGUAGCGGCCGCUAUGAGUCAUCCAGCUAUGACAGCACUGGAAUCUCAUCCUACUCGCGUCGCGAAAGCGGCUCGCGUCGCGAAAGCGGGAAGUACGAGAGCGGAGGCUCCAUAGAAGGAGGGGUCUCCACCCGCUACGAGUCCAAAUACUCCAGCUCCAAAAUCGAGGGCUCUGAAGAAUCUAAAAUUGAUUCGAUCGCAUCCAAAUACGGUAUCGAAUCCAAUUAUGAAAGCAGUAGUAAACGCGAUAGCAUCGCUGCUAAAUAUGGUGUCGGUUUAUCUGAUGAAAGCUCUACUAAGAUUGAAGGGCGCUCUUCCAAAUACAGUUUGGAAGCUAGCAUUGACAAUGGCAAGGUUGAAGGAAUAACAUCUAAAUCUGAGACCAGCUUUAGCGCUAAAAACGGCGAGACUGCUUACGAAAACAAAUACUCUAAAACAGCUAUCGCCAAUGGCUCACUCAGUGCCGGCGAAUACGAAUCGAUGAAACCGAUUUCGAAGUCCGCAUCUCAAGAUGGAAGGCCGGUCUUCAACGUGACCUUGGAAGGCCAGAACAUUGAGCCUGGCGAAAACGCUACGUUCCAAUGCACGCUCCGCGAAUCCCUGGAUUCCGUCAAGGUGACCUGGUUGAAGGACAACAAACCUCUGACUGACCGCUUAAUGGACCGUGUCACGAUUACUGACGAAGAAAACGGCAACCACCGACUGGAACUACAGCAUUGCCGCGAAGACGAUUCAGGAUUAUACACGGCUAGAGCGGAAAACGUGAAAGGAAACUCGCAUUGCACCGCUCAGUUAGUCGUCCAGGAGCUGACCGCAGAUGAGAGGAAAGCUCGCAAUGCCCUCAACGCACCGUACUUCCUGGUGGCUCUGAAGGACACUGAGAUCCUGCAGAAUACCUACCUCAGGUUCAUGGUCAAGGUCAAGGGCGACCCCAACCCAGACGUCAAGUUCUUCUACAACGGCAAUGAGAUAGUGAGCAGCUCAGAGAGCGACCGCACCUCGAUCGUCCGCACUCGCGCAGACCGCGGCUGCUACGAGCUGGUCAUCGCUGACGUCAACCCCAGCGAUGCCGGGAAGUACUCCUGCAGGGCCGUCAACAUCUACGGCGAAGUGGAGACCGAAGCCGUUGUCACUGUUGUUGAUGACAAAAACAUAUUCUUCGAGCUGCCGCCUGGUGGAGAAGGUUUACUCGCGAAGGGUGAGAAACCCUCCUUUACAUGGAAGAGAGAUGGGCAGCCCUUCGACCCAGAGGAAAGGUUCAAGGUGCUAUUGGGAGACGACGAAGACUCCCUAGCUUUAGUUUUCCAACACGUGAAGCCUGAAGACGCCGGGUUGUACACCUGCGUGGCCAAGACCAGCACUGGGAACAUCUCCUGCUCUGCAGAGCUCACUGUCCAAGGAGCAGUAAAUGAGCUCCACCGCGAGCCUGAGAAACCAACCUUAGUGAUCGAGCACCGCGAGGCGAUCGUGUCCGCUGGCGGCUCCGCCAUGCUGGAGCUGCAGUGCAAGGGCUUCCCCAAGCCCAGCAUCUUGUUCAAACACGACGGGAAGGUCAUUGAAGCUGAUACUAGGCACAAGUUCCUGUACGAAGACGACGAGAGUAUGUCGCUGGUGAUCAAGAACGUGAGCGCAGCGGACGCGGGCACCUACCACGUCUCCGCCUCCAACGAGCUGGGCGAAGACUCCUGCACCAUGCAGCUCAUCGUCAAGGCCGCCCCCAAGAUAAAGAAGAAGAUUGAGAACCAGACAUGCAUGGUCGGCAGCACUCACACUGUCACCGUCGAGAUCGAAGGCACGCCCGCGCCUGACGUCAGCUUCUACAAAGAUGGCGUCGAGAUCAAGAGCUCCGAAAGAAUUCAGAUCGUGAAGGAGUCGAGCGAGAUCUACAAGAUUAUCAUCAAGGAUGCCAAGUUGACGGACACUGGAUCGUAUUCUGUCGUGGCUAAGAACGAAGUGAACCAAUGCUCGGACUUCUGGCAGUGGCACGUGACGUCACCGCCGCGCAUCCUCAAGAAGUUGGGGGAGGACAAGGUCUGUGAAGAGAAAGAGACGAUUAUCUUCAAGGUGGAGACUGAGGCCGAACCGGCGCCCACCGUCAAAUGGUUCAAGAACAAGACAGAGCUGGUGGAGUCGUCUGCGGUGAAGAUCUCCACGUCGGGGACUGCGCACGCGCUGGAGCUGAGCGCCGCCGCGCGCGCCGACGCCGGGGAGUACUCCUGCGAGAUUCGCAACGUCCACGGCAGCGCGUGGGACUCGUGCGCGCUGCGCGUGCGCUCGCGGCCGCAGUUCCAGCGCGCGCUGCGCGACGCGGCCGCGGCCGAGGGCGACGCCGGCGUCGAGUUCUCCGUCUCGGUCGAAGCUUACCCUGAACCCAGCGUUAAAUGGUACCUCGGCGACGUGGAGAUCACGGAAAAGAAGUCGGUGUUCACCCGCGUGGACAGCGGCUCCAGCCACAAGCUGAUCCUGAAGGAAGUCUCCGCGGAGUACUCGGGGAAAUACACCUGCAAGGUCUCCAAUGAGCUCGGAGCUGACCAGUGUGAAGCCACCUUUACUGUCAACAGAAAACCCCGUAUAACCAAGAGCCUGGUGGAUAUGACAGUAGACGUCGGGAAGACCUUAAAACUGGAUGUGGAAGUGGAGGGCUGUCCCGAACCCAAGGUCAAGUGGUUCAAGGACGGCAAAGAGCUGACUACUGAUGCCAGGAUAAAGAUCGAGAGGGAUACUCAGAGAUUGGAAAACUUCAACCUAACAGUCACUCUGAUCAAAGAAGAAGAUGGUGGCGAAUACGAAGUCCGCGCCGAGAACGAGAUGGGAUCCGUGUCAUCGAAGAGCACGGUCACUGUUCACACAAGAGAAGUUCAUACGAGAUUGUCAAAGGAGGAAAUUGAAGAAAAUCAAGUUGAAGAACAUAGCAAAGCAAAACAACCCUUGGAAGAAGAAGUCAGUAAGAAUGCUGAGAAGAAAAAGGCAGUGAAAGGGAAAACAAAAGCAGAAGAAGCUGAAGAAAAAUCUUUUUGGGGUGACGAUGAAAAUGAUAGCUCUAAAAAGGUUGUCAUAGAGGAAAUUGAGUCACCAACUACAGUAAAAUGUCAAAAAUCUGUUACGGAACCUGAAGUGGCUGAAGAAAAAUCUUUUUGGGAUGAUGUCGAUGACGGUAAACAAAAGAAACCUAUAAUAGAAGAAGUUGAUACACCGUCUACUGGUAAAGGGAAAAAAUCAGUCACAGAACCAGAAUCAGCGGAGGAGAAAUCUUUCUGGGAUGAUGUCGACGACGGUAAACAAAAGAAACCUAUAUUAGAAGAAGUUGAUACACCGACUACUGGUAAAGGGAAAAAAUCAGUCACAGAACCAGAAUCAGCGGAGGAGAAAUCUUUCUGGGAUGAUGUCGACGACGGUAAACAAAAGAAACCUAUAAUAGAAGAAGUUGAUGCUCCUGUAGUUGGAAAAGGCAGAAAGUCAAUAACAGAGCCAGAAAUAGCCGAAGAAAAGUCCUUCUGGGAUGAGAACCAUAACGAACAGAUCAAGAAACCUAUCAUAGAAGAAGUCGAUGACAACAAACAGAUCGGCAAAAAAGGAGUUACUAAGCCCGAACUUAUUGAAGAAAUCCCAAUUGACGAAGACCUUAAAACUCCCAAACGCAAAUCGGUUAAAAAACAGUCUGUCAAAGAAGAACCGUUAAGUGCUGAAACAGAAGGCCGGGUUUUCGAAACAGUAACCACGUUCAAGACAGGCGAGGAUGGCUCGAUUAUAGUAUCUAAAGUCAGCAGCACAAUGUCACAUGACGCCAUUAUCACAGGUCCAGCGGAAACGCGCACAUUGCAUAAAAUAAAAACAUCCGCCGUCUUUUAUGAUGACGAUUAUGGUGGUAGAAAGAUUGUUCAACCCACAAAACCACACACAACUUCAUUGGAAGUUGAAGAAAUAGCUAGUCAUAGCUACUUUUUGUCUGAACUGGGUAAAUACACAAUACCAGAUCAUAUCAGAAGAGGUAUUUACGGUAUCAUUGAAGAGCCACAAACAGACUCGGAAGCUGAUAAUAAUUCUAGAUGUGGGAGGACAAGUGCAAAUAGAACCAUAUCUAUCAUGUCCGUUUCUGAAGAUGAGUCAAGUUGGCAAAAUGAUUCCCUGUCACGGGAAAUAUCAAUAGAGGACUUAUCGAAAUCUAUUUUCGAUAUCGAUGAAACUAGAAAAGUAUUCAGUAAAGAUUCAUAUGUGUGUCAGUCCUCAUACAAAGAGGACUACUUCACGGACGAGGGCGAAGAAGAAUCGUUAAUUUUAAAAGAAAAAUCUCACAAAAUAUACGAGAAUGAUAUUACUGACAAAUUAAUACAUAUCUCGAAAGAGUUUGACGAAAACGAAAAAGAAGCUAUAGACGAUAGGAUUAAUGAUGUGAAGAAUCGUAUCAUGGAGGAGUUAGUUUUAGGGCCAAUUAGAAAUUAUGAUAAUAUUACGAAAAAUAUAACAGAAUCAACUGUCGAAAGAAAGAGAAAGCAAGCGAACAAACUAUUUAGCGUAGAGGAGGAGGUAGAUGAAGACAUAGAAGAGCUGUUGAGACGAAGUCGGAGACAAAGGAGCAUUCUCGAUGAAAUACUUACCGAGGAAGACGAUAAAGCACCCCCCACAAUCAAAGGCAGCAGCAUGAAAGACAGCCACGCAUACGAAUCUCUUCCGUUAGUCUACACAGUCCAAGCUUCAGGAUCUCCCAAACCCACGGUUCGCUGGCUCCUCAACGGCCAAGAAGUCAAGCCUUGCAACAGAGUACAUAUCACCAAUGAUGGUGACGAAUACAAGCUGGUGAUUGAUAGUGUGGCGAUGCAAGAUCAGGGCACUUGGCAGUGUGAAGUCGGCAACGAUUUGGGCAAGAAAGUGCAGAAGGCUGAAUUGUCGGUUUCUCCUGUAAGCGAAUACCGCAAACCAAUCUUCACCAGUCCACUGGAAGCGCAGCGAGUGAUGCAACGCGAACCUGUGACAAUGAAGGCCGUAUGCACAGCUGAUCCCCUCCCGCACGUCGCUUGGCUUCUCAAUGGAGUCGAGAUCACGCCUGAUGCGACAGUCGUCACCACUGCCGAUUCGAAGGAGCUUGAUCACGGCCUUAAAGAAUGCACCUUUACUUUGUCUAUUCCUACUGGUCGUCACGCGGACACUGGAGUUUACACCAUCCAGGCCAAAAACAAAUAUGGCGUCGGUGAGAGUUCAGCUCGUCUGGACAUCCUGCUUAGACCUGAGAUCGAGGGUCUGAAUGACAUCAUAGCUCAACCGUAUGAAGAGACUACCUUUGUAGCUAAUGUCAAGGCCAAUCCCAUUGCCGAGGUUAAAUGGAGCAAAGACGGUUACGCCAUCCAGCCGACCUCCGACCGCUUCGACAUUGUGGAGGACAAGCCGACUGAGACCUACUCGCUAGUGGUGAAGAAUGUUAGCGUGGAAGACGCCGGCCUGUACACUGUCACGGCUACUAAUGAGAUCGGAGAGUGCUCGCAACAGGCUAGGCUUAGCGUGCAUACUGGCGAACCAGUCUUCACAAAACCACUACAAAGACAAGUGGUGCGCGAUUACGAAGACUGCGUGCUCAAAGUCCGCUGCGACGGCGUGCCCAAACCUGAUGUCCAGUGGUUCCUCAAUGGAAAACCAGUGGUCGAUGACGAUAGACACGCCAUCAAGACUGAGAUUGAAGGGCAAGUCUCCAGUGCAUUGGAAAUUAAGCACUUUGCUGCCAGUGACGCUGGCAAGUACAAAGUGCGCGCAGUGAGCUUGGCGGGCGAGGCGGUGUGCGGAGCUGAGGUGAGCCUCGGGCAGGCGAGCCCCAGCUUCGUGAGGAAGCUCGAGCCGCAGAAGGACGUGGAUGAAGGGGAGCCUCUCGAACUCAAGGCCAAGCUGGACGGCAGCCCGAUUCCUACUGCCGCUUGGUACAAAGAUGGUGUUCCCCUCUCCGCCGAAGAUUCCCGCGUCAAACAAACCGCUCUACCCGACGGCACGGUCAAGCUGAGCAUCGAACAUGCGACCCCCGCGGACUGCGGCGCGUACAAACUUGUAAUCACUAAUACGCACGGGGAGAACUCUGCACUUUGUGCUGUCGCUGUUAAUCCUACACCAAGGAAGCCGUCAUUCAGCCAAGAGUUAGAAGACACGAGAGCUGUGGUUGGCCAGCCUUUGAAGUUAGAAGCUAGGGUGAUGGCGUUCCCGGCGCCGGAGAUCAAAUGGUUCAAAGAUGGUCUACCAAUCCGUCCAUCGCAAGCGGUGAACUUCAUCAACCAGCCGGGCGGGGUCAUCGGCCUCAGCAUCGACAGCUGCAAGCCCGAACAUGCUGGUGUCUACUCGCUCACACUUACCAACAAGUUGGGAGAGGCUGCAUCAAAAGCCAACGUAGAAGUGACAGAGAAGGAGCGCAAGCCAGUUUUCAUCGCGGAACUGCAGCCAGCUAACGUUAUAGAAGGAUUCCCAGCUAAGCUCGAAGUCAAGGUGCUUGGUCACCCGCCACCGACCAUCAAAUGGACUCACAACGGCCAGGAAGUGGUGCCGGACGGGCAGCACGUGCGGCUGGUGUCGACGCCGCACGGCGCGCACGCGCUGCUGCUGGACCACGCGGCCGCGGCCGACGCCGGUCAGUACGCCGUGCAGGCCAUCAACGACACGGGGGUGACCGCCACCAAUGCUGUGCUUACUGUUGCUAGUCGUGCCGACGACUCGUCCCCACAAGAACGGCCCCAACUCAUCCACGGGCUUCGCGACAUCACAGCCGAAGAGGGACAACCUCUCUUAAUAUCAGUUCCAAUCAGGGGCAACCCUGUUCCUGAUGUCACGUGGAAAAAGGAUGGUCAGCCUCUUACUCCAAGCGAACGCGUUUUAAUGACUUGUGAUGGCAAAAGGGUGGGGUUAGAAAUCACUCCUGCAGCUAUGUCGGACGCGGGUGUAUACUCAGUGACCCUGGUCAACCCUCUCGGAGAGGAUUCAUCUGAAGGCAACAUCAACGUUAGGAAAGUCUUCCAGCCGCCGAGUUUCUCCCAGAAAUUCACCGACCUGCAACAGCUACCUACCUUCGACGCGAAAUUCCCGGCUCGUGUGAACGGCAUCCCCGCGCCAGACAUCACGUGGUACAAGGACGGUCAGCAAAUACAACCCGGCGACAAAUACAACAUGAAGCGUGACGGUGACGCGUGCUGUCUGUACGUCCGUGACUUGGCGCCGGCCGACGCUGGACAGUACACGUGUAAGGCGAAGAAUAAAGAGGGAGAAGCGAAAUGUGAAGCGCAGUUGGAGGUUGUGGAUAAAAUCGGCAAACGCCAAAAGAUAGAGCCACCAGAAUUCCUGAAGAAGAUAGGCGACACUGAGGUCUUCCGCGGAAUGAGUGCCAAGUUCACCGCCUGCGUUACUGGAACACCUGAGCCCGAUGUCGAAUGGUUCCACAACGACGUGAAACUGUUCCCAUGCGAGAGAAUCCGCAUGGACAAGGAGACCACCGGCCUCCUGCGGCUCACCAUCAGCGGUAUUGACGUCCCGGACGUGGGCACAUACAAGUGUCGCGUCUACAAUCCUCAUGGAGAAGCCAGUUGCAGCGCACAGCUCACCUAUGACACCCUGGAGCCACACACCCAGAAGCGCCCCAUAGCGGAGCAAUACUCAGACUUCGACAAGAUGAAGAAGACUGGUAUUCCAAUGCCUCUCGCAGACAAACCCAUCAUCUCCCGCAUGGCUGAUCGGCAUCUGACGUUGUCCUGGAAGCCCAGCAUUCCUCAUGGACCACGGUUCCCUGUCACUUAUCAGGUGGAGAUGUGUGAAGUUCCCGACGGCGACUGGUUCACAGCGCGCACUGGACUCCGCUCCUGCGUGUGCGACAUCAGAAACCUGGAGCCCUUCAGGGACUACAAAUUCAGGGUCCGAGUGGAGAACAAAUAUGGUGUCAGUGACCCCUCGCCGUACGCCAUCACGCACAGAGCCAAGUUGGAGCCCGAUCCACCGAAAUUCGUACCUUAUCUUGAACCAGGCAUAGACUUCAGACCGGACACCUCCCCCUACUUCCCCAAGGACUUCGACCUGGAGCGCCCCCCUCACGACAGCUACGCACAACCCCCUCGCUUCUUGCGCCAAGAACACGACGCUCAAUAUGGCGUCAAGGGCCAUAAUGUGAACCUGUUCUGGUUUGUCUAUGGUUACCCCAAGCCGAAGAUGACAUACUUCUUCAAUGAUGAGCCCAUUGAGAUUGGCGGAAGAUAUGAUUGGAGCUACACGAGAAAUGGACAGGCUACGCUGUUUAUCAAUAAAAUGUUGGAGCGCGACGCCGGCUGGUACGAGGCCGUGGCGACCAACGAACACGGCCAAGCGCGGCAGCGCGUGCGCCUCGAGCUGGCGGAGUACCCCGCCUUCGUCCGCCGGCCGGAGGAGGCCGUGGUGCUGCAGCGCCGCUGCGCGAGGCUCGAAGCCCGCGUCACCGGCGUCCCCUACCCCGACAUCAAGUGGUACAAGGACUGGCAGCCGUUAGCGCCUAGCGCCAGGUUCAAGAUGCAGUUCGUAGAGCCGGAUCUCUGCAUUCUGGUGAUAAACGACGCCAUCUUGAAGGACGAAGGGUUGUACUCCAUCUCCGCUCGCAAUGUCGCCGGUUCUGUCAGCUCGUCCGCCAUGUUGUACGUGGAGGAGGACGAACAUGAGUAUUCUGACAGAAUACGCGAGCACCCGCCCCGCGUCGCGGCCAGCCUCAAGCCGCUCGGCGCGCGCUACGACCUCGGGGACGAGCUGGGCCGCGGCGCGCAGGGCGUGGUGUACCACGCCGCCGAGCGGCUCACUGGUCGCAACUACGCCGCCAAGAUAAUGCACGGCCAUUCCGAACUGAAGCCCUUCAUGAAGAACGAACUAGAUAUAAUGAACAUCCUCAACGACCGCCAUCUCAUCAGACUCCACGACGCGUACGAACACGACCACACCCUCGCCCUCGUCACGGAGUUAGCGGCUGGCGGGGAGCUCGUCAGAGAUAGACUGCUGAGGAGCCAGGGGUACACGGAGAGGGAGAUAGCGGGAUACAUCCGCCAGUUGUUGAGAGGAUUGAAGUAUAUGCAUGAUAACAGUGUCGCACAUCUUGGAUUGACGAUCGGAGAACUCCUCCUUUCGCACGUGGGUAGUGACGAGCUGAAAAUCUGCGAUUUUGGCCUCUCCCGCCGCAUUCAGUUCAACAAGCACGCGUCACUGGACUACGGUAUGCCGGAGUUUGUGGCGCCAGAGGUCGCUAGUGGCGAAGGAGUUUCAUUUGGAGCCGAUAUGUGGAGUGUUGGAAUAAUAACCUAUAUUCUUCUGAGCGGACAUUCGCCUUUCAGAGGAAUUAACGACCGAGAAACGUUAACGAGAAUCAGAGAAGGCAAAUGGGAGUGGCACGAUGAAGAAUGGUGGUCUCGUCUGAGUACCGAAUGCCGGGACUUCAUCUCCAAACUAUUGGUCUACAACUGGCAUACGCGCAUGGAUGUAAACACGGCUUUAUCCCACCCGUGGUUGACUUUAGCUGAUAAGAUCUAUCGAGAGGAAUACCAGAUCACUACGGAUAGACUGAGAAAUUACUACAACUUGUACAGAGAUUGGACCGGCAACGCCCAAUGUCGGACAUGGUUCCGUCGCCGUCCGCUGAGCGGCGCCUUCGAGCACCCGUCCAAGAUGGUGUACCCGCCCGGGGAAAUAUACACGCCUGAAGGUUCCCCCGAGCGCUCGAGCCGCGAGCGCAGCGCCGGCGCGCGGGAGUUCGCGCCGCAGUGGGACCAUCCCGACUGGGAGGUCUCCGCCCACUCCGAGAGCCACUACCAAAACGGUCCCGACACGUACCUCCUUCAACUCCGCGAUGUGCAGUUCCCGGUGAGACUCCGGGAAUAUAUGAAGGUGGCUUGCAAUCGAUCACCGGCCUACUACAUCAGCGUACAUGACGUUUACGAUCCCAGGACCCCAAUCAUCCGCGAGCGCCGUCGCUUCACGGACAUCAUGGACGAAGAGAUUGAUGAUGAAAGACGAGAGAGGAUCAACAACUACGGCACUGAGUCCUACACUAUCAGGAGAUUGAGACACGAACUCGGAACUAGGCUGGAUUCCUACGCUGAAGCUCAGGCCCUAAUGGAAACGAAGAAAGACGGUCACAUGCCAUUCUUCCGAGAGAAGCCACAACUAUUACCCAUUCGCGAGGGAGAAACUAGACAGUUAUCUUGUUUGGCUGUAGGAGAUCCUAAGCCCGUUAUACAGUGGUUCAAGAAUGAUAUGGUGAUUGCUGAGGGACAGAGGAUCAAGAUUAUUGAAGAUGAAGACGGCAGAUCAACUCUAAAAUUCGAACCAGCCAUGCACCACGACAUCGGCUACUACAAAGCGGUCGCGAGAAACAAAGUGGGUCAAACCGUAGCUCGGACUAGAGUAGUCGAGGCGACCACUCCUGAUGCACCCGACAGUCCUACAGCUUCCGAAGUUUCUGAUACCGAAGUCCUACUGCGUUGGAAACAGCCCAAAUACGACGGAAACUCACCAGUUGUCUGCUACAGCCUGCAAUACAAAGCCGGCGACAGCGUCGAAUGGAUUGAUGCAGCUAAUAAUAUCGACCAUGAAUUCUUUAUCGUGAGAAACCUACAGCCCGACACGAGUUACCAAUUCAGACUAUCUUCUAGAAACAGAAUCGGAUGGAGCGACAAAGGAAUACCAACACAUUUGGUAAAAACCAAACAACCGGGGGCACAGAAAAUCGAAGUUACAAAAGCUAUGACCCACCUUCAACACAUAACUGAGUCUGGUCAAGAAAUAGUUUUAGAUGAAGAUAGACCGAAACUGGAUUAUGGAAUCGAAGAAAAUCCUAUCGAAUGGGACACGACAGAUGCUUUUACAGAAAGAUAUAGUUUUAUUUCCGAAUUAUGGCGCGGAAAAUUCUCGAUUGUGGUAAAAGGGGUCGACAAGAGGAACGAUAAUGUUGUUGUGUCGAAGAUUCUGGAAAAUAGGCCGGAAACGGAAGUGCAAAUUCAGAGGGAAUUUGAGUGCUUAAGGAGGCUAAGGCAUGAGAGGAUAUCAAACUUGUUAGGAGCUUAUCAUGCCCCAGGGUCACCAGUAGCCGCAUUAAUAUUGGAGAAACUCCAAGGCGCGGACGUCCUCACAUACCUCUCCAGUCGUCACGACUACACGGAACAAAUGGUCGCCACAAUCGUAACGCAAAUCUUAGACGGACUUCAAUAUAUUCAUUGGAGAGGAUAUUGUCAUCUAGAUUUACAGCCAGACAACGUUGUAAUGGCUUCUGUGAGGUCUAUUCAGAUUAAAUUGAUUGAUUUUGGGUCGGCGCAUAAAGUGACGAAGUUAGGAACGAGUGUACCGCAAGUUGGCUCUUUAGAAUACAAAGCACCAGAAAUAAUAAACGACGAGCCAGCAUACCCGCAAACGGACAUUUGGUCUCUCGGCGUAUUAACUUACGUGCUGCUGUCGGGGGUGUCUCCCUUCAGGGGGGCUGACGACGCUGAGACUAAACAGAACAUCUCCUUUGUCAGAUACCGAUUUGAACACCUUUACAAGGAGAUCACACAGGAAGCGACCAGAUUCCUGAUGUUCCUAUUUAAGAAGGUGCCUCUGAAGAGGCCGUCGUCCGAGGAAUGCUACGAGCACCGCUGGCUGACGCAGAGCGACUUCAUGAACAAGAAGCGAGAGAGGGCCGUAUUCCUAGGCAACAGACUGAAGGAGUUCUCAGAGUGGUACCACUCGAGCAAGGCGCGCGAGUCCCCGCAGUCAGACGCGGCCGCGUUCGGCGCGCAGCGCCGCCUCGCGCGCUCCAACAGCGUGCUGGAGGAGUUGCUCACCACCUUCUCUACACAUUGAUUAUAUACACUACAUUAUUCACUGGCUCCUUUUCACUGUAUACAUUUUCACGAUACAUUUAGCUCUCGUUGGACAACUUUUAAAAAAGACGAACUUUUGGAAAACCCGUGCGUAUCCAGCACGUGAAAAACAAAAUUGUAUAGAAUUUAACGGACAGAGCGAUUACGAUACAACCGUGCGAUCACGGAUAAGAACAUUUGAAGAAUAUUUUUUUGUUAUUUUUCUAAGUACGAUUCCUUUGGGAACCGACUCAGUUACGACAUCGGUAACUGCUAACAAAAUGUAUGCAGUGUUAAAAGAUUGCCCUAUAUAUGUUGGGCUAAUGUGGUGCGGUUUUGAGUGUGUGCUGCGUAGUAAACAACUGAUUUGUGAAAGAUAAAUAACUUUUUUAAAAGAAGCCUACAUUUUAAUUUAAAAUUUGAUUUAUACUCUACACAAAUUGAAUUUUUUGAAUUAUGUAAAAAGCAAACUAUAAAAAUAUCUUCCUAAAAAUGUCUUGCUCGAGUUUUACAAUGUUAAUACCAACGAGAAAGGGCUGCCUUUCUUGAAAUACAGAUUCAAAUGACGAGAAUAUUACUAAAAGAAAAGAAACACCUAUUUUUAAAUAUUAUAUAAGUACAUCGCAAAGGUUCGAUGACACUGGUCACUUAAAAUCGCACCACAUGAUACCACUCAUUGAUCACCGACACACGUGUACAUUUUGUAUCGCCGAAACUCUAGUCAUACGAUAAAUUUUUGUUACGAAGUUUUGUUAUUGUUAAGCUAUUUAUUAUAUACAAAUUUUUACUAUUUAUUAUUUUUACUAAUUGGUACAAACUUGAUGCUCCAAUAUUAAUGUCGUUAAUAAAGGGCAUUUAUUUAUA